UCAAUUUAUCAACUGUCCCAAGAUAUCACAAUAAAUACUCUUCGAAGUCUCUCACUUCACAAUCAUUUCUCUCUUGCUGUCACCCAAAAGAGUAGUACUACUCUCUUUCUCCGAUCAAACAACGUCGUCUUCUCUCUCCCUCUCUCUCACAUGGGUUGCUGCGUUAGUUCCGGCACCGCUGAUCGGACCAACGAGAACGUGUCCAACAAGCACACAAACAUUGUUGAAGAAGAAACGGUCGUCAAAGAAGUCUUGUCAGAGACAACAUUUCACAGUAGUUCCUCUAAUGUCCAAAACUCAGCCAUGGAUGAUCCUAUGAACAGGAAGAUCCAGGGAACAGAGGAGGAAAAAUUCAAAGUUGAUCCGGACUUGUGUAUGAACCGACCCGUUUCGAUUGACCCUGAAGAAGGAUCGGAGGUUUCGGAGAUAUGUAGCUUGAGCUUGAGCGAGAGUGUUUCUUCAGUGACUGUGAUGAAUGGUUACGGUGAGGAAGAAGUGAAGCAGAGGAAAUCUCAGAGAUCUCCGGUAAAAACUCGGACCCGGGUCACGGGUAAUAAUUAUCCGACCCGAAGAACCGAUCAAUCUUCUCGAAAGAGAAUCAACGGAGCGUGUAAUACUGGAGCGAGAGUCGGGUCAGGUAUGAUAGACCCGGGUGAGAGAUCCGGAAGAAGGUCGAGAUCGCCGGCUACAAAUAGAUCCGUGAUGGAUUCGAGUCAGACUCGGGUGGGUGGGGCAAGGACUCGGAAGAAUAGUCAGUCUCCGGGUCGGCUUAGGGUAGAUCCGAAUACAAACACGUCGGAUCAGCAACAACAUCAAAACUACGGUUAUACCACUGAAGAGUUGUUAGAGAACCCACUUGUUUCAUUAGAGUGUUUCAUAUUUCUCUGAAGAAAAUAAUAUUCCUAAGAAAGACGUUUCUCUUUUAUUAAAAAAAAAAACUGUUGAAGCUGGAUGUAAUUCGUAAUGCCACUUACCUUACCUCUGUGUUUCAUUUUUUUAAUAAUAGAAUUUAUCAUUAAAAUUG